UGGUAUAUUCUGUUGCGAUAUAGAAUUGAUAUAACGUUUACCUUGUGUAACGCUUAAGAACGUCAACUAUUAAGUAAAAUCCUGCGUACAUGCAUUCAUUAUCAAUAUGUACUUUGACCGAUGAGGAUUCAAAAGAAAAUGAUGACGAUUUGUUAUUUUCAGUAGUAAUACUCUCUCUUACAUAUGGACGAGUUUAUCCCUCCACGGAUAUGUGCUAUCCGAAAAAUAACUUUCGAUUUGGACGACUUUUCGGAAAUGUACUUCGUAGGCUUGAAAGUGUUGGCCCUUUCACUUGUGUUAGGGAGUGUCUGUUAAGAAGUAGCUGUCUGUCAAUUAACUACAACUUCCAGAACCUUACCUGUGAUCUGAACUACGCCAAGGCAUAUCAAAAUGGUCACAAUCUGACGACCGAUGGAGAUUUCCAGUACCUGGAUAGAAGAAGAAUGCAUGGACUGAUAUACACAGCUCCCUGCACUGACACAACAUGUGGAGAAUAUGAGCGCUGUGAAAUCCUUGCUAACAAAAAAGUGAUCUGCAGCAAACCAGAAUGCAAACCACAUGUAAACCAGAAGAACAUUCAAAGUGUGAAUAUAUUUUCCAACACUACUCUGGCAGUCGGGGAACAUGUCCAUUAUUACUGUGAUGUGAUGUCCAACCUGCAGGUUACAUAUCGAUGUCAACAGGAUGGAACCUGGAAAAUUACAGACGACUCCGAUAAAAAAUGUGCUAAGCUUUACCAAUUAAGCAACAUCCUUGUCUGGAUAGACGGGACGUUUAACAAAUCUACUGGAGAAAUGGUCACCUCACAAGGUCCCCGUCCAGUUGAAGAAUUCCAAAAACUUGCGGAAUAUGUUAACGUUGAUUAUCAGUCGGAUGGAUGUUUGAUGUUUAGUGUUUUUAGUGUUUUAAGUAUACAUAUUAACAACACAUGUACCGGGGAACAUCAUUUUAUUUGCGAGUUGAAUUGAGGGAUUUUUUUUUUACCGAGGACUAAUGAAAGAAUCACUCAUUCAUAAGAUUUCAAUCUGAUAUGCGUUUUAACAUUUUGGAUUGAUUAAAUGUUCAUGACAUCGUUGUAACAAAAAUUAAGAGAUCCCUGAACCUUGUGAGUACCAUUGAACAACUGGUCAGAAAAUAACUGAGGUACCCACGGGGCCCGGGCACAAUAGCUGAGUUACCCCCGAGGCCCGAGCACAAUAGCUGAGUUAACCCAGGGCCAGGGCACAAUUGCUGAGUUACCCCAGGGCCCGGGCACAAUAGCUGAGUUACCCCCGGGGCCCGGACACAAUAGCUGAGUUACCCCCGGGGCCCGGGCACAAUAGCUGAGUUAACCCGGGGCCCGGGCACAAUAGCUGAGUUAACCCGGGGCCCGGGCACAAUAGUUGAUCUGUUCUACUUGGUGAUACACAGGAAAAAUAUUUUGAUUUUAAAUGAAUUAUAUUCAUACGCAAGCAUUCGCGGGUAGUGUAGAUUUUAGUUAACUUGAGGUUUCUUUAAUUAUGACCGCGGUGGGCAGGUUAAGACUGCAAUAUGGUUCAAAGUUUAAUAUUAGAGAGAAACUUUGAAAAUUAUUUUGUAUGAGCAACAGGACCAUAAUUAGUCACAUUAAUUAACAAGCACCCCCAGAUAAAGUUAAGUUUGUUCAUUUGUGGGUCGUGGAGGUUAGAUGAGUCCACAAUUGGGGAUGGAAGUGUGUGUGGUCAUGGGGAUAUAAUUCUAAAAAUCUGUAAAAUCAUCCUUAUGAACAACUAAGCUAUGAUUAAUCAUGUUAAUAUUUUUCAGAUAGUGCAAGUUAAAUUUGUGGUUCCUGAGGUUUUAUGAAUCCACAGUAAGGAUCAAAGUUUUACAUAGAAUUAAGUCUUUAAAACUCUUCGUGUGAACAGCUUAGCUAUAAUUAGUUAUGUUAAUAGGCAGGCAUCCUCACGUAGUGCAGAUUCAAACUUGUUAAAUUAACGCAUCCAAGGGAAGGGUGGAGUCACAAAAGGGUUACAUUGAACGUAUUCAAUACAUUGGAAUAUCUAGGGGGAAAACCCUUUAAAAAUCUUCUCGGGAGUAGCCGGGUCAUAAAUAGUGAUAUUAUUUACAAUGCAAGCAUCAUCAUGUAGUUCACAUUUAAGUUUAUUCAAAUUCAGGAGGGGGAGGGGGUGGGACUUUAGUAGGGGAUCAAACUCUUAGAUAAUGAUAAGUUUCUCAAAAGGUUACAUGACGCAUGACUAUAGAGAGAUACUGGACAAGUUGGGUUUAAGGAGGAAUAAUACAUCUUCACAAUGACUGACUUCCUUUUAAAACAUGAAUAAAAAUAUAAAUAUCAGCGAUAUUUGUCUCAUUUAAAUUCAAUUGCUUAGCUGAGUAGGUUAGAAUGAAGUUUCGGAAAUUUUAUGGUCGUUAUAAUGAUCUCGUUUACAAAUAGAUGCUACCACUAGACUGUAUUUCUUUUGACUACUGAUUGCUCCGUAUGAAAUUCGAUACGCAAGAGCAUGUUCUGCGUAUGAUCAGUUUUUGAAUAGAGGCGGGCUAUUGACAAAUAAGUUAACUUUUUCGUUAACGAAGAAAUUUAAUUUUUUAAAACAUGAAUCAUAGAUAUUAGCAAUAUUAGCAUUUUGGCCCCUCAAAGAGACCCAGAUUUCUGCUCUGGGAAUCAUUAAAUCUCAAAUGUUGGCAGGACAACUUUUAUAGUCUUUCUAAAUAUGCAUUCAGUUUACAUUCAAAUUCAGCAACAGUAAAGAAGUUUUUUUUUUAAAUAUUAAGUAAUUGAUAUUCUAUGACAAAUUUGGCCCCACUGCAGUCUGAAUUCCCGUCCUGAGAGCCAAGAUAUUUACCAUUUUGGCAGUAGUCUCCCUUAUCUUCCCGAAUAUGUUGUCAGUUUUUUCAUUAGUGUCAACAGAAAAAAGAAGGGUUUUUAAGAUAACAAACAAAACUACUAUAUGUCUAUUUUGGUGUUGCCAUAAAGACUGAACCCCGAGAGUCAUGCAAUUUACAAUUUCAAUAGAACACUUCCGGCUCUGCAUAAUUAUGCUUUCAGUUUUCCCUUUGCAAAACUGAAGAUUAUUGAAAAUCAGUCUAAUAUUGCUGUGCCCCUAUGGUCACUGAAAUGCGAUUUAGGUUCUUCUUACACCAAAGAGGUUUUGAGCUAAAUUUGAAAAGAAUUAAUCAAAUAGUUUUUAAGAAGAAAUUGUUCACACACAACGAUGUACGAAGACCAAUUUCAAUAGCUCAGGUGAUCUAUAGAACUAUAGAACGAAACAUGAAGAACAAUGAUAUUAAUGUAUUCCAGUUAGCAAUAUAUGUUUAGUGAUAUUAUAGUCAUAUUGUAAUUAUCGUGAGGUGUUUCUAAAAUGUAUAAAUAGCAUUCAAAUAUGGAUAUUUCUAGUCGCUUUCUUCUAGACUCGUGUACAUUGUAAAUUGUGAAUGUAGAUAUGUAAAAUUGAUAAGUUCUUCUGCAUCACGAUCAACUCUAAACAAGAAAUGCAUGUCUUAUAUUGGCACGCUGUUUUUGGCUAUAUUUAGAUCUAAAACUUCAUAGUUAUUUCGGAUUUCAAACAUUUCGGUUGAGCAUCACUGAAGAGACAUUAUUUGUCGAAAUGCGCAUUUGGUGCAUCAAAAUUGGUACCGUAUAAGUUUUACAUGUUAACAAAAAGAAUAAAAUCUUUUUUUUAUAGAAAUAUUACUGACAAUUAUAUUAUAAGAUUAAACGUUCUUUUUGAAGAAUUUAUCGAUCUGUAAACUCCGGACAUUUUGCUCACAAACUGAAUAAAAGUGCAAAGCACUUUUAUGUUAAGUUUGUGAGUAAAAUGUCCGGAGUUUACACAUCGAUAAAUUCUUCAAAAAGAACGUUUGAUUCUUAUAAUUCCAAUUCAUUCACUUUACUAACAAUUCCAAAAAUUUGAAUAGUUUCCCCGCACUAUGUUAUUUGUUUUCAGGUGUGUAUGAAUACAUCGCGAUUUAUUGAUGUGUAAACUUUUGUUCAGCUUUAUUUUCGUCCAA